AUGGGAAUCAUUUAUGAAGAUGCAGUAUUGAUUAAAGAAGCAGGGACAGAAGGCGAGCACACAGUAAUUACAGUGAAUUGUCCAGAUAAGACUGGUCUUGGCUGUGAUCUCUGUAGGGUUAUUUUACUCUUCGGGCUUAGCAUUACCAGAGGAGAUGUUUCUACAGAUGGUAAAUGGUGUUACUUGGUUUUUUGGGUAGUUGCUAAGCCAACAACAAGGUGGAACUUGUUAAAGAAGAGACUUCUUGAGGUGUGUCCAACAUGUACCCCAGCAGCAUCUGGAAUUUACUACUAUAUGCCGGAAUUUCAGCAGCGAAGGCCACCUGACAUUUUCCUACUUAAAUUUUGGUGUUCCCAUGAUCGGAUAGGCCUUUUACAUGAUAUCACAGAGGUUCUUUGUGAACUGGAGCUUACAAUAAAGCGAGUGAAAGUAUAUACAGCUCCAGAUGGAAAAUUGAUGGAUCUCUUCUUUGUCACUGACAUUAGGGACCUUCUUCACACAACUAAAAGGCGGGAGGAAACAAUUAAACGUCUAAAGCUUGUAUUAGGGAAUGCCAUGAUUAGUUGUGAGAUAGAAUUGGCGGAUCCUGAAGUUGCUGCACGCUUACAGUCAUUUCUUCCAUCUUCAAUUUCAGAAGACACUUUCAGAGUAGAACUGCUGGGGCAACACUCGAAUGAAGUUCUUGCCGAUGAGUCUGCUUCUGUUGUCAUGGACAAUUCCCUCAGCCCUUCCCAUACGCUCGUUCAAAUCUUCUGUCAAGAUCACAAAGGCCUUAUUUAUGAUAUCAUGAGAACACUGAAAGACUACAACAUCCAGAUCUCUUAUGGCCGGUUUUUUGCAAACUCAAAAGGGAACUGUGAGAUGGACUUGUUUAUAAUGCAAGCUGAUGGGAAAAAGAUUAUUGAUAUGCACAAAAAGAACGCCCUAUGCUCUCGACUGAGAAUGGAACUUCAACAACCUAUAAGAGUAGAUGUUGUGAGCCGGGGACCUGAUCCCGAGUUGCUCGUUGUUAAUCCAGUUGAGUUGUCCGGCAGGGGCCGCCCCCUCGUCUUCUAUGACAUUACCCUUGCUCUCAAGAUUUUAAACAUUCGCAUCUUUUCGGUAGAAAUUGGUAGGUGCUGGAUUCAUGAUCGAGAGUGGGAAGUGUACAGGAUCUUGCUAGAUGAAUGGGAUGGUUUUUCUGCCACCAGAAAUGAGAUUAAAGAAUGUGUUAAAAAGAAGCUGAUGGGUUGGGAAUGA